AUGCCUGCCACGAACGAUCCCAGCGACAAUGCACAAUACCUCACUGGAUGGAGACUCGGCAUCGUGAUUACCUGUUUAUUCUUUGGGUCUUUCCUCAUUGCGUUGGAUACCAAUAUCAUCAAUGUGGCUCUGCCGCAAAUAUCCUCCGAUUUCCGAGCUUUGGACGAUGUGGCCUGGUAUGGGACCGGCUAUUUGCUUACAGUGACCGCAUUUCAGCCAGUCUAUGGAUGCUUCUAUCGUCUUUUCCCCACAGAUAUUGUCUAUCGGCUGUCUAUAAUCAUCUUUGAGGUGGGCACAAUUCUGUGCGCAGCAGCCAACUCAUCGCCCAUGUUUAUUGUGGGUCGCGCCGUCGCUGGCCUUGGGGCCGCUGGCGUGUUACAGGGUGCUCUUAGCAUCAUUGGACAGGUGGUGCAGCUGGAGAAGCGACCGCUGUACAUGGGAAUUGUCAUUAGCGUGUUUGUCAUAACGGUCUGUGUUGGACCCCCGCUGGGUGGAGCAUUCACUCAACACGCCACAUGGCGAUGGUGUUUCUGGAUCAACCUGCCAUUCGGUGCCGUUGUCCUUGGCGGGCUGACCCUCUUUCUCCGAAUCAAAGGUCAGGCAACCAAGGAUCAACAAUUACCGCUGCGCGCAAAACUGGGCAGCAUGGAUUUCCUUGGUUGUGCCCUCUUCCUCGCUGCAGUUUGUUGCUUACUCUUAGCCUUACAAUGGGGUGGUCAGACUAAACCCUGGUCCUCUUCUACCGUGAUUGGUCUGCUCGUCGGCUCAGCUGCUUUAGCUCUGGUCUUCAUCUUCAUCCAGUGGAAGCGUCAGGAGCGGGCCCUCAUCACCCUGAGGGUUAUCUGCCGCCGGAGCGUCUUCACCAGUGCCAUAGUUUUAUUCUUUCUUGGUGGAUCCACUUAUCUGGAUACGUAUUUCCUGCCGUUCUAUUUCGAGGCCGUGCACGGAAUAAGUCCCGUCUCCAGCGGGGUCAACUUCAUCCCCCUGAUGCUAACAGAGAUGGUCGCAUUGGUCAUUAUCGGGGCUGUGGUCAAACAAUGGGGUCAUUAUGUCCCCUACAUCCUUGCCGGCGACCUGAUCUGCAUCGUGGGAACGGCCCUCCUGACGCAGUUACACCCGCACACCCGCACGGUACAAUGGGCGGCUUAUCUGGUCGUCACUGGCCUUGGCCUGGGACUAGCCAUGCAGCUCCCCUACACUGCCAUACAAGUAACCCUUUCAAUUCCCCGAGUGACAGCGGAAAACGCGGAGCCAAGCCAAGCUGACAUUCAAUCUUUCCAAACAUGGCACAGUGCAGAAGACCUUGCAAUGGGUAAUGCCAUCGCCGUCCUCUUUUACCAAUUAGGCGGAGUCAUCUCCAUCGCCAUGGGCCAGACUGUGGUUCUCAGCACCCUCACAGAAAAGCUCAAUGGCCAAAUCCCCGGGCUGACCAGCAAGGAUGUCUUCGAGGCUGGCGCCGCUAAUCUAAAGGCCUUAGCGCCGACGGCAGCAGAUCUAGCGUUUCUGCGCGAUAUCUGGAAUGAGGGAAUUUCGCGCACUAUGAUCUUGUCAGUUGCGCUAGUGGCAGCCGCGGUGCCGUUCACUUUGGGGAUGGAGUGGUUGGAUGCGAAACGGGUGGCUAGAGAUAGGCAGGCGGAGGAGGAGGGGCAGAGGGAGAUUGUAAAGCAGGAGGUGGGGGUUACUGAGGUUGAGAAGGGGUCGUCGGUGUGA